AGUGGGAGCGGAGGAGGCGCGGGGCUCGCCGGUGCCGGCGGGGCGGGUGGGCGCGCUGGCCAUGCUCCUGGACGCGGGGCCGCAGUUCCCGGCCAUCGGGGUGGGUAGCUUCGCGCGCCACCAUCACCAUUCGGCCGCGGCGGCGGCGGCGGCUGCUGCCGAGAUGCAGGACCGCGAACUGAGCCUGGCCGCGGCGCAGAACGGCUUCGUGGACUCGGCGGCCGCGCACAUGGGCGCCUUCAAGCUCAACCCAGGCGCGCACGAGCUGUCCCCCGGCCAGAGUUCGGCGUUCACGUCGCAGGGCCCCGGCGCCUACCCCGGCUCUGCCGCGGCUGCCGCCGCCGCCGCCGCGCUCGGGCCCCAUGCAGCGCACGUCGGCUCCUACUCUGGGCCGCCUUUCAACUCCACCCGGGACUUCCUGUUCCGCAGCCGCGGCUUCGGGGACUCGGCGCCGGGCGGCGGACAGCAUGGGCUGUUUGGGCCAGGAGCCGGCGGCCUGCACCAUGCGCACUCGGACGCGCAGGGUCACCUCCUCUUCCCUGGCCUCCCGGAGCAGCACGGGCCGCACGGUUCUCAGAAUGUGCUCAACGGGCAGAUGCGCCUGGGGCUGCCGGGCGAGGUAUUCGGGCGCUCGGAGCAGUACCGCCAGGUGGCCAGCCCGCGGACCGACCCCUACUCAGCGGCGCAGCUCCACAACCAGUACGGCCCCAUGAAUAUGAACAUGGGUAUGAACAUGGCAGCGGCCGCGGCCCAUCACCACCACCACCACCACCACCCUGGUGCCUUUUUCCGCUACAUGCGGCAGCAGUGCAUCAAGCAGGAGCUCAUCUGCAAGUGGAUCGACCCGGAGCAGCUGAGCAACCCCAAGAAGAGCUGCAACAAAACUUUCAGCACCAUGCACGAGCUGGUGACCCACGUUUCCGUGGAGCACGUCGGCGGCCCGGAACAGAGCAAUCACGUCUGCUUCUGGGAGGAGUGUCCGCGCGAGGGCAAACCCUUCAAGGCCAAAUACAAACUGGUCAACCACAUCCGCGUGCACACAGGCGAGAAACCCUUCCCCUGCCCCUUCCCGGGCUGUGGCAAGGUCUUCGCGCGCUCCGAGAACCUCAAGAUCCACAAAAGGACCCACACAGGGGAGAAGCCGUUCCAGUGUGAGUUCGAGGGCUGCGACAGGCGCUUCGCCAACAGCAGCGACAGGAAGAAGCACAUGCACGUCCACACCUCCGAUAAGCCCUAUCUGUGCAAGAUGUGCGACAAGUCCUACACGCACCCCAGCUCGCUGCGGAAACACAUGAAGGUCCAUGAGUCCUCUCCGCAGGGCUCCGAGUCCUCCCCAGCCGCCAGCUCAGGCUACGAGUCGUCCACGCCCCCGGGGCUGGUGUCCCCCAGCGCCGAGCCCCAGAGCAGCUCUAACCUCUCCCCGGCGGCGGCAGCGGCGGCGGCGGCGGCGGCGGCAGCGGCGGCGGCCGUGUCCGCGGUGCACCGGGGCGGAGGUUCGGGCGGCGGCGGCGCGAGCGGCGGCUCCGGCGGAGGCAGCGGCGGCGGGGGCGGCGGCGGGGCGGGCGGCGGGGGCGGCGGCGGCAGCGGCGGCGGGGGCAGCGGGACAGCCGGGGGCCACAGCGGCCUCUCCUCCAACUUCAAUGAAUGGUACGUGUGAGAGCCCGGGGCCUCUCUUCCUCUCCCGGUCCCCGCCCUGGCGCAGCCCUCCCGGUGGCGAGCGCCGCCGAGGGCACCCUGUGAUGUGUUGUUAAAAUUAUGAAUCUGAUUUUUAUGAUGAUGAAAAUGAUUUUACCAGCAGAAGGAUUUUUAAAAGUUUGUUUUUGUUUUUGUUUUUAAAUAAUCUAGGCAUGAAAAGCAAAAAUAUCCCUUCCGGAGUCUCCGCUGAAAACAUAAAAUAA